AUGGUCUUUGAAAGAGAUUAUCUAAACCCACUACCAGCAUGGCUGAAUUCCACAGCUGCUAAAUGGGCCUGGAUAUCACUGACUGCGUUCGCCAAUCUACCGGGCCAGUUCAAUCGGACCAUCUUCGAUGCUCCUUGGGCAACAGAGACGGACAAUCUAAUACUGUCGAAGACACUAAAUUACGUCAACGCUACCGACUUCGUCGCCUACGACGAACGCUUUUUAGAGCUCAUCGGCGCAGAUGCAACAAUCGAGCACAUCCAACAUCUCGCCUACCAAUCCCACGAGGCACCGUGUUACAUUCCUGAAACACAUCAACUACUCUUCGUCGAAUGGGGUAAGCCGGGAGGCGAUGAUGGUAUCCACAAAUGGCAAUAUCUCCUCGAUAUCAAAAACAAUACUCUUCGGAAGAUAAUCACCGACCCACCAACUUACAACCUGCACGGCUGUGUCAAUUUCCAAGGUCAGCUGUACGGAGUCACAGACGGGCAUAGAAACAACGAGACCGGGAAGCUUGUUAAAAUUGAUCCGCGUUCGUGGAAGGCGACGACACUGUUGAAUAAUUUCGUCGGUCAGCCUUUUGCCGGGUUCAAUGAUCUCGAAGUUGACCCGGAAGGGAAUUUCUGGCUAACAGAUUCGAAGUCUGGGUCGGGGAUCGUUGACUUUACACCUCCUAAUGACCCAUCAAUCUACUUCGUCAACGGAACAACCAUGCAAGCAAAGAUAGUUUGGACAACCAGCGGCAACUCAAAUGGCGUGGCUAUGGGCCCUGAUGGAAAAACACUCUACGUGCCAGACUCGGGUGUCUCGGAAUUUCGGCCAUCGAAUAAGAACCCCCACGGUCGCCGAAUGGUUUGGGCCUUUGAUGUUGCGGGCCGAGGCGCUAUUUUAGCUAACCAGCGACUGUUUACAAGCCCUGUUUCAUACUUCUAUGAUGGAAUUCGUGUGUCGAGGGAAGGCUGGAUCUUUGCUGGAUCGGGGGAUGGGGUUGAUGUUGUUGAUCCGGAAUCUGGAUUUGUGGUUGGCUCUAUUCGGACUGGGGGUGGGGAGAAUGUUGCUGUCAGCUUGGCUUUUGGGGAACAUGAGCUGUGGAUUGUUGGGAAGGGUGGUGUUUGGCAUGUUAAGGAUAUCAAGACCAAGUUGAAGAGGGAUUGGUAA